CAACGCCACAGCACAAUUCCACCGCGCCAAGCCAUGGACGACGAUCGCGGCACGCAUCUCCGCGGACGACGAGGAGUCCCCGAAGAGGGCGACGACUCUGGCGCGUUGCCGUGGACGCCCAGGUCACACGUGUCCGAGGCCACGCCGUUGCUGCCUCCACAUUUGCAAAUCGAGGUGUCGAACUCGGUCAAGGAGAACCAGGACAAGUGGAAGCAUCUCAUGGAGAUCGACGCGUCCGACAACACGGCGCAACAAAUGGCCGACGACAACGACGAAGCGAUUGAAAUACUCAAGUUCAUGGACGACAAAGAGUUUCCGCGCACGCAACACGACCUGUCCCGGAGUCUGUCGCUGUCGUACGUGUUGUACUCGCCCGUCACACACGACUCGAAAGCGACGUGGACCGAAGUCGACAAGUACAUGGUUGCCGCCGCCUUCAUCGAGGACGGCAUCCACGGCCGCAAGAUUGGUUACCGCAUCGACGCGCAAGCACUUCGCAUGGUCCGGUGGUUUCACUCGACGUGGUAUCAGUACCUGUUCAAUUUCGUCGGGAUCGGGUGCUGCGCGCUCGCAUUUGUCGAGACGACCUCGUCCAGUGGGUGGACGACGUGGCUUCUGAUGGAACUCGUCUGUUUGGCUGGGUUCUCCAUGGACGUAUAUUGCCUCUAUGCCAUGAGCUCGGACAAGACCAAGGCCAAUUUCCGGAAGCGUGAGCCGUGGGCUACGUUGCGAUUUGUGCUCCUGGCGCUUACGUUUGCCGACAUCGCGUUGUACUUGGCGGGAAUUUCCGUCGGCCAGCCGCGGUACACGCGCAUGUUUAGACCGUUUAUGGUGAUUGCCCGCCGUCGGAAUAUCCGCAUUGUGUUUGCGAGCUUCCUGCGCGCCCUCAACGACGUCGCGGUCAUCCUCGCCCUGACGCUGUGUGUCGUGCUCUUCUUUGGGCUCAUGGGCUUCCUCCUCUUCGCCGACUCGAGCGUGAUCCUCAACGUCCCGUAUUUCGCGACCCUCGGUGACUCGUUGUACAACAUGCUCCUGAUCCAGUCCUGUCUGCCUGUCAUGAUGUCGGUGAUGCUGCCGUACUACAUUCGAUCGCAGUGGAGCGCGUUGUACUUUGUCGUGUUUGUGUUGUUCACCAACUUUUUCUUGGUCAAACUCACGAUCGCCGUGUCGUACCGUCGUUACAAGCGCAACACGGAAAAGAUGUUGUACAAGCGUUUGCAAAAGCGCAAGAUCGCGCUCAACAAAGCGUUCGACUUGCUCUCGGACGACCUGUUGGACGAUGCCAUCCAGCGCACAGUCACACUCGACGCGUGGCUGGCCGUGUGUCGGUACUUGAAGCCAACUUGGACGGCCGAGGAAGCCAAGGUCGUGUUUUACUCGUCCGACAUGAAUCAAACCAACGAAGUCAACUUGACUCAGUUUAUCCAACUCAGCUCGGUGCUUGUGAACGCGACGGUCACGCGGCGCCAACGGCGGCAGUCGUUGUUCAUACAAGGCAUGAAGAAGUGGCAAAACAAAACGCGCAACGUCUUGCUGGCCCAGACAACCGUGUGGGGGUACCCCGUGAUCUACAUGGAAGUGUUUGUGGGGUUUUUGAUCUGCUUGUCCGUCGUGCAAGCCACCCAAGUCAACAACUAUGCGCUGACGAAUUCGCUCAACCAUACGUGGCGCCUGGUCGGGAUGGGACUUCUCUCGCUGUUCACGGUGGAAAUUGCGCUCAAACUCUUUGCAUUUGGGUCGGUGGAAUUUUUCAACCGACCUUUUUGCAAGUUUGACAUUGUCGUGGCCACCGUCGGGUGGCUCUUUUACGCCAUGACGUCGCUCAUCCCGGCGUUCCCGGUCGUGUUUUAUGACCUGGCGCUCGCGAUUCGGUCCUUGCGUGUCCUCAAGGUCUUGAAUUUGAUUCCUCCCUUUCACAACAUUCUCUGGACAAUGAACCGCAUCAUUCCCCUCAUCGGGCAGCUUUUUUUGGUGAUCCUGAGCGUCGUGUAUGUUUUCGCCAUCCUGGCGCAAGCCAAUUACGGCCAACUCCUCGCUCGUUUCCCCGAAUCGUUAAAAGACAACGCGUCGACGUGGUACAUUCACAAGGAGGAGUUCCGCCUGGACACGUUUGAAAACUGCUUGGUGACACUGUUUGAAGAAGCGACGCUGGCGGGGUGGAAUAGCAUCAUGGACGCACUCUUCGUCGUCACGGAGAGCCCCAACACACUCGUGUUCUUUUUCACGUUUCGCAUCACGAUCAGCAACAUUUUGCUGCCGAUUUUUGUGGGUUUUCUCGUUGAGAGCUUUAGCUCCAACCAAAAACCUGCUGAACUGUACGCGACGUCCCAACGAUGUAAAAAAUGGAGUCUCAUGUCGUGGAGUUUUCCAGGGAAGAAGUUGCGAACGAGAAGACGCUGACGGUGGUCCCGGGCACGAUGCCGCCGUCAUCGAAUGACCCAGGCGCAGAAAUCAUGCCCCCCAAGCGCGUCAAGUACAAAAUGAGCUUCCAGCGACGCACGUCGGACGUCCAAAGUGCCAUGUUUGACUUUUCCAGCAACAAAAUCCAAGUUGACCAGUACGAGCGCAAAGUGAAAGAACUCAACUUGAUCGUUCACGCCAAGAAUCAAGAACUUGCAGCACUACGGGCGCAGUUGGACCUCUUGCAAACCCAAACCAAGGCCGAGGACGUUGAAUCAUCGUCCGAGGCAUUGUAAUCUAUUCAUGUCGCCACGAUGCUUCUACGAAGCACAUGGAAAAUUGGUCCAUGCAGGUUAAAAAUACGAAAGUUUAGCACUGAAUGCGACCUGCGACAGCGCGGUUGUGCGUUGGUUUUUUC